AGUCAUUCUGACUUGUUAUAUCAAUCGGCAACGUGAAGGAAAGUGGGUGCAAUGGAGAGCACUAAUUGAGUUCAUCGAUGGAGCGUUGCAUUCUAUUUUUCCCGGUCAAAAAAAUUCUGUCAUCACGUGCAUCCAGCGUUUGCCAAACGGCUACUGGGACGGAAAAGAAUCAACUAGCCGUUGCACUCGCCUCCAACGGUCACAUUCCAGCCUACUCCUGAGCCCUUCAAAUAGGACCUCUGCCCCAGCAAGCCCUCGUCAACCUCUUUCUCUCUCUCUCUCUAUCGAGCAUCUACAAGCAAUCUCUCUCUCUUCCAUUUCCCAAUUAUUUCUCCUUAACCCAGUUCCAAUCUCCCAUGGGGAAUCCACCUGCUGAUGCCUCUGGCACCAGCUAUCACUCCCACAAGGUCUUCCUCCUCUGCAACUACAUCCUCCUCGGUGCUGCCUCCAGCUGCAUCUUCCUCACCCUCUCCCUCCGCCUCCUCCCGUCACCCUGCGGCCUCCUCCUUAUCUUCCUCCAUGCCCUCACCAUCAUCGGGGCCGCCACCGGGUGCGCCGCCUCGCCAGGUUCCACCAAGUGGCAUGCCACCCACAUGGUGGCCACCGUGCUCACAGCCAUCUUCCAAGGUUCCGUGGCCCUGCUCGUGUUCACCAGGACGCCGGACUUCCUCGGGGAGCUGCGAUCCUAUGUGAGGGAGGAGGAUGGGGAGGUGAUACUGAAGAUGGUGGGUGGUCUCGGGGUGGUGAUCUUUUGCUUGGAAUGGGUUGUCCUGGCCCUGGCUUUUGUGCUGAGGUACUAUGCCUAUAUGGAGGGGGACUCCGGAAGCAAUGCCAUGAGGAGUGCCAAGGUACAGCAUGAUGAGGAGACGAAGGACUGGCCAUGGCCCUUCCAAGUCUAGCUCACUGCACUGCACAUCGGGAAAAAAAGAUGCUCCUUCUGUUGUUGUAGCGAAGAAUUAAGAGGGUUUUGGUUGAUGGGUUAUUUUUAAUGUUGUACAUCGGGAAUGAGUUUUCGCAUUAUCUUCUCAACUUAAUUCGUUUAUUCAUAUUUCUUUUGGCUGCUGCAAAAGCUGUACUUCUUGAGGGAAGUGACUUCUGUUUAAUUUACAUGUGAUUGGGAUGCAUAUGAUUUUUUCCCCUCCGAAUGUCAGUGUUGUGAUAUUUUUUCG